CGUCGCUGCCUGUUCGCACGCUUUUGCGGUCUCCGGCCGCUCUAUCCCUUGUUGUGUAUCGCGUCUCUAUGGCUGUUGGCGGCUGACGUCACCCCGGGCGCUGGGUUUGCAGUGUCACCGUAGCGAGCGUUCGGCGAUCACAGCGGGGGGGGACCGAGUCCUGCACCCCUCCCCCCUCCUCACAUACCGGAGCCCGGAUACAUGAUUUCACCGAUAAUUCCUGUUUUAGCUUUGGCUGACGCAGCUCAAUGAUGGCAUCGGAAGUCAAAGACGGGGAAGAGGAGAAUCUGCAGAGUGCAUUUAAAAAGCUGCGUGUUGACUCUGAAGGAUCUAUUGCAUCCUUGUGUGCUGCGGAUGGCUGUGGUACAAGAACAUCAGUGAGACCGUCUCAGGAUGACGUCAAACCUAAAGUUUUAAGUUCCUUAAAAGAAAGCUGGCAUGGGUCAUCAAGAAAAACUACCAGAGGAGUAGCAAGAACACCACGCAGGAGACGUUCCAAAUCCCCAGUCCUUCAUCCUCCAAAGUUUACACACUGCAGCGCCAAGACGCCCUGUAGCAAUCCACUAAAACACAAAAGCCUAUGCGAUUCCCAGGACGGAGCUGUCGCUGCUAUUGGUGGUAAUCCAUCUAGCACUACUCUUGAUGUCAGCGGGUACAGAAGAUUUUGUCUUGAGACUACAGGUGCAUCCGCUUUAGAUGCAACAUCAGAGACCAUAAGCGUAAAAUCUCCAGUCUCCUUGGUCGCUGGAGCAAGUGCCAAGGCUGGUCAACAAUCUGACUUUCAGUCUGUGUCCAAGCUCAACCCUGCCGAGAAAUGUUCUUGCAAAGGUAAAGAGUGUCAAUGCAAGCACUGGCAAAAUAUGGAGGUGUACUCGUUUUCCGGCUUGCGGGACAUGCUCACAGAAUGCGAGAGAAGCGUUAAAGAGGACUACUCUUUUCAAAAUCGAACUCAGACCUCCACAAACGGGACAUCCGGGUCCCCACGUUCCUGCUCAGAACAAGCCAGAGCUUCAGUUGAUGAUGUCACUAUAGAAGACCUUGCUGGAUAUAUGGAAUACUAUCUGUAUAUCCCAAAGAAGAUGUCUCACAUGGCAGAAAUGAUGUACACCUGACCACUCUGCCAGGAUUUUGUUCAGCAGUUAAGCUUUGAUUAAAGCUAAUCGCAUAUAGAUCGAUACUGAGGAAGGUUAUCAGUCUUCGUCUGUGUGUGCGUGUGAUAAUUAUGGACUCUUGCAUCCUUGCACUGGUUCUUCUCAAAUGCAAGGUUCACUUACUUCAUUUCCUAAUGCAGCAAAUUACACCUCAUAACAAUUUGCAGGGCUGAUCUGUGCUCUUAAAACAAAACCUAAAUGAAAAAAAACCUGGUAUCUAAUUGAAAUAUGAAUACUGAAUUUUGUUCUGCGUCACUGUUCUGUUAACGUGCUUUCACUGUAAAUCUCUCCCCGUGUCCUUCUUGGAUGUUCUUAAUCAGUCUGUUGCAUUGGGUCCGUUCUACCUGCGUGUCUCCCUCAUACUCCUAGCAGAGGUUGUAUGCAAGCGGCUGUUAAUUUUUUUCACGAUGAGGACGCUUGUAGUGGAUUAGCCAAGUGAAUGAUCCUGCCGUAGCUACAUUAAAGGAGUGUUUUAUUUAGGUUUUGGAAUCUGCCGUAGUAUCCAAAAGUUUCCCUAAAUAGAUAGCGGGGAACGAUGAAUAAUCAUUUUAAAUGCAGUAUUGUAAACCUAAUAUUUUCAGAUGGCUUAAUAAGAAAUUACUUAUGUGCUUUGCAGUGUUACAGCAUUGUUUGGUCUUGUUAGAUAAACUUUUUUGUGUCCUAAAAUUAGACGAAUUAGACUCGGGAAUGUUAUGCCUGAAUGCUUUAAAAAAAAAAAAAAUAAUAAUAAUAAUUAAAAAAUGCAAGAAGAGUUCAUUUCCUUCCCAGUUGCAUUGAUGUUCCUGAAUUGCAUUUUAAAGCCCACGUGUUUAAAUUGUUCUGGAUCUUUGAAAACAGUGGUUAAUGUUCGUCAAAUAAACAUUCAGUAAAAUAAGAGCUUAAAAAUUGCUGAUCUGUUUUUUGAUCAUUAUUUUUUUUUCUUCCUGAUUCUUCUCUUUUUUUCCCUUCUAUUAUGUCAAUGUCAGACAGUCGGUGUUGACCGGGGAUGGUCAGCAUCAGUUGUGAUGUAAUAUUUGGCUCAUCCAGAUACAGUGCACCCUGCUGGUAAAUCACUGACAUUGCACUGAAAAAAAAAAUGUGUAUUGGUCAUUCGUGUAAUACAGGAGAGGGUGUUAAACUGCUGAUUCCUAUGAAAAAGUGGGUCUGUCACCACAGAGGUGUUUGUCUUAUUAAAUUUAACUUUGUAAACUAUA